UCAUUGACCUCGUAUUGGAAGCAGAUGUUGUGCCGUUACACAAUUGUCUGUCAUCAAAUGCAACAAAUAUGAUAAAUUAAAGCCUCGUCGACCUCUUGUGAAAUUAAUUCCAGCUUAUAUAUUGAUCUGGACCAGUCACGUGACAUGAAAAUGAACAUUUUGUCUCCAAGUCACAUUAUUUGUCAAUCAGUGAUCAAGCGCGCGCCAAACCUUAUCAGUGUGCGCCGCGAUGUUCAAUGGAUGAACACCAGCAUAGCAUCGGAAAGGAAGCAUUGAUACGGUGACAAGGCCUGCAGUCGAUUGGAAUUAAUGAACAAAUUCAGUGAUCAAUUCAACAGGUGAAGACGUCGCUCAUCCCAUCCUGCAAAGAACCCUCUGUCUACACAAAUACCGGAAUGUUUAUCGAGGAUUAACAUUGUUGACAUUGCGAGAAGUGUUUGUAGUUUAUAACUUAUGAAGUGUAAAUGUGAUACCAUUCUGCAUAAUCCAUCAACCUGUCCAAUAUUUCAAAUGUUGUUUAGCUUUCUAUUCAUCCAUUAAAUGGAUCAUAGCUAAUUUCAAGCUGUUAUUUUAUUGUUUGUAAGGCAGUGUAAUAAGGUGAAUGUUAAAUAUGACACAAUUAACACAGCCUGUUGUUGAAGACUGGUUCGAAUCCAAUAAGGACGCAUUUGUAGAUAUUUUCCUGAGGAAGGCAGAUAUUGCUAUGGUGAAUAAGUGGUUGUUAAUCCACGGUUACUCUCCGGCCACUGAACAAUCCACAUACCAGCCCAAGAGGGGAUCCUUAUCCGCAGACACGAGCAGCCCCUCUUCGCCCAAUGACAAGAACGAUGUUUUCUUUGAUAGCAGACAUUGCAGGACAAAUUCAAAGAAGUACUUGAGACAGGACUUUGCAAAGUCUAAAAGAAAAAACAUUUUUCGGACUUGUGAGCCAACCAUGUGUUCUGCGGAAGCAACCACCGAAUCCCGAAGGAACAGUUUGAAGGAAAUGAGGAUGUUCCGAUCACUUCCACCGAACUCUGUCAAUAUGCUUAGCAUUCUGAUCCAGUCACGUGUGCGCUUACCGAGAUACCCUAGCAAGGACAUAGAUAUCAAGAGGGACCUACGCCUGAAAAAUGAGAGAGAAUUUUUCUUAGAAAUUGUAAAAGAUAUCUCAAAUGAUUUGGAUUUAAGGUCGCUGAGCCAGAAAAUUGUGGCCAAUGUAAGCGUUUUGGUUGAUGGGGAUGCAGGGUCCGUUUUUGUGGUGGAGGGUCGAGGGACAGGAAAACCGUCCCUGGUGUCCAAGCUGUUUGAUCUUCACGCGGGAGCACAUAUUCUCCCCACUUCCAUGGGGGAUGGAAGUAUAACCGUGCCCUGGGGAAAGGGAAUAAUUGGUCACGUUGCGGAGACAGGGGAAACAAUCUCUCUAAGGGACGCCAGUAAGGAUACCCGAUACAAUGAUGAUGUGGACAAAAUUACGGGGUACCGGACCGACGCCCUGCUUUGUAUGCCAAUACGAAAUGCUGAUGACGAGGUGGUAGCAGUGGCGCAGGUCAUUAACAAAGCGGGGACACAGGAGGAGUUCAGCAAAGACGACGAAAAGCUCUUGGGAACUUACCUAACCUUUUGUGGAAUAGCAAUAUACAAUGCCCAGAUAUUUGAAGCAUACAGUAAAGAAUACGAAAGAAAUAAGGCUUUGCUAGAAGUUGUUCAUGAUUUGUUUGAGGAGCAAACAUCAGUAGAAAACGUAAUACUCAAGAUUAUGCAGCGAGCUCAGAUCUUGUUGAAAUGUGAGCGCUGUUCAGUCCUGCUUAGAGACGGUUCGUCAGAGACAUCAUUCAAGAAGGUUUUUGACCUGGCUUACCCAUUGAAAAAUGGCCAGACUUACCAGAGACGACGUCUUCUUACACCAACAUCUCCUGAUCUGCGCAAUUCUUCAUAUUUACGAAGCGAUCCUACUUUCAUAUUCACAAGCUCUGAUAAUUUAUCGGAUUACCAAGUGGGGAAUAAAAUAGCAGAGUUAGUGUUGAUGACAGGGGAGACAAUCAACAUAGCCGAUGCUCAUCAGGACUCCAGAUUUGAUCCCAGCUGUGACGGCAGUUCCGGAUUCCACACACGUUCUAUCCUGUGUAAGCCGAUUCGAAACAGAGACAAUCAGACAAUAGGUGUGGCCCAGGUUAUGAACCCUCUUGACGGUCAUCCCUUUGACGACCACGAUGACCAGUUGUUUGAGGCUUUUACCAUUUUUUGCGGACUCGGAAUCAAUAAUUGUCUUCUGUACGAGGAAAUAGCCGUGGCUUCAGCCAAGCAAAUGGUAGCUCUAGAGGUACUUUCCUAUCAUGGGACCGUAUCUACAGAAGAGGUCGUCAAUUUAAAGACAAGGAAUAUUUCAGAGACUAGUGACUGGAAAUUAGACACAUUCAAGUUCAACGAUUUCUCUCUCAACGGUGACGACAUGAUGUUGGCUGCUGUGAGGAUCUUUAAAGACCUGGGGUUCAAGAGAACAUUCAGAAUCGAUAGUGAGGUGCUAUGUCGGUGGAUUCUGACUGUGAAAAAGAACUACAGGAACGUUGCCUAUCACAACUGGCGUCAUGCCUUCAAUGUGUGUCAGUUCAUGUUCGCAACCCUCAAGAGGUCUGAAGUAAGGCGGCAUAUAUCGGACAAAGAGAGCCUCGCUUUGGUAGUAGCUUGCCUUUGUCAUGACCUUGAUCACAGAGGAACAAAUAAUGCUUUCCAGCAGAAAACAAGCUCUGCUCUGGCUCAGCUGUACGGCACAAAGGCAACCUUGGAACACCACCAUUUUAAUCAUGCUGUUAUGAUUUUAAAUAGUGAGGGCCAUAACAUCUUUGGAAACUUUAAUUCUGAAGAGUACGGCGAGGUGAUUAACUUGCUGAAGGAAGCAAUAUUGGCCACCGAUCUUUCCCGCCAUAUCCAAGUUAGAGACAAAUUUUUUGCCAUGGUUGACUCGGGAAUGAAGAAUUGGGAUGAUAGAGAGUCACGUGACAUACUACGUAGCGUAUUGAUGACGACAUGUGAUGUGGCAGCCAUAACAAAACCUUGGAAAAUCCAAAGAAAAGUUGCUGAUCUUGUGAUGACCGAAUUCUUUGAUCAAGGUGAUAAGGAAAGAAAUGAAUUGAAGAUACAGCCACAGGCAUGUAUGGAUAGAGAGAAAGAGGACGAACUUCCCAAAUUACAGCUAAGUUGGAUCGAUGGAAUAUGUCUUCCUUUGUAUAAGCAACAUUCAUAUUGCUCUAAACAACUGACGACGUCGUUCAAUUACAUUCCCAGAGGAUUUUUUCUAAUCAGAUUCAUUUGCUUUAUCAAACCUUGAUGUUUCUUUUAAACCUCUCUAUGACGGAGUCCUUACGAACAGAUCCUGUUGGGAAGUUCUAGACGCUGAAAGACUUGCCAAAGAUGCCGUUAUGCAUACGGAGGUUUAAGAAGAAUCCAAUUGUGCUGCGAAAUUCUACCGUUAUAUUCCUCUGAUUGAAAUUACUUAGUUCCAAUUAACGCAAGAUUUGCAUGCAAGUGCAAAUAUCAUAAACUAAUUGCAAUAAACAGUCCAAUGUUUUCCUCCACAACUAUUAAAAUCACACACAAUUUACUUUUUAUUUUCAUACUCAAUAAAAGUAUCAAGAUUGUA